CGUGAUAGCGUUUUCCGCGUUCGUGAGAAACCACAAAUGGUAAGAUGGUGUCGCGUCUGUGGGUCUUGUUCCUAAUGUAUGUUGCCAUCGCACAGUUCCACCAACGAUGCAUAUUUUUCAAUGGCAAAUGUGUGUCUUUUUGUCCACAAAAAAUGCAUAUAUACCAUACUAGAUGCGAUGGGCGCACGAAAUCGCAGAGAACGUGCGACGAACCACAUCAAUAUAUCCUCGGUUACACCUGCGGUUGGUCCAGAUGCGAUUGCAGCGGGGAUCUUGUACUAGACGAGCAAACACACAACUGCGUGGAUAUUAAAGACUGUCCUACCAUGGUACUAUCACGUCGGAAGCUGGAGAAAUACAGAUACAAAGAACAGAAGAAGAAUCGAAAAUAUCAUAAAUCGAAGCGAAUAAGAAUCACAGAAAACCCGUUGGCGGAGCUGGAACCUUGAUUCCUAAUAUCUCC